AUGCCACAAUAUACAACGUACAACCCUCUGUAUGACGUCCCGGUUGGUCAGUAUCUGCAUCCCUUUGUUAAGGGAGCUCAGCAAAUCCCAACCAACAUCAUUUUUCGAGAGCCCGAGCAAAUGAUGUCACCCCCUACAGUCCUUAACCUAGGCGAUCUCCUAGCCAAGACAGACCCAGUCGGACAAAAUGCCCCUAGUAAUGAGAAGUUCGAAGUUCUGAAGGAAAGAUUAAGAGCAAUAGAGAGGACAGACGUUUUUGGCAACAUCGAUGCCUCACAAUUGUGCUCGGUGUCUGGUUUAGUCAUCCCUCCAAAACUCAAGGUGCCAGAGUUUGAGAAGUACAAUGGUUCUUCUUGUCCUAAGAAUCAUCUAAUGUACUGUAGGAAGAUGGCAGCAUACGUCCAAAAUGACAAAUUGUUGAUACACUGCUUUCAAGAUAGUUUAUCUGGUCCGGCCUCUCGUUGGUACAUGCAGUUAGAUAGCUCUCAUGUUGGCUCGUGGAAGAAUCUGGCCGACUCCUUCCUAAAACAAUAUAAGCAUAACAUAGACAUGGCUCCAGAUCGCUUAGAUUUACAGAGGAUGGAGAAGAAGAGUACAAAGAGCUUUAAGGAGUAUGCUCAAAGGUGGAGGGACACGGCAGCUCAAGUCCAACCUCCUUUAAUAGAUAAGGAGCUAUCUGCCAUGUUCAUCAAUACCCUAAAACAUCCUUUCUAUGAUCGGAUGAUAGGAAGCGCUUCCACAAAUUUCUCUGAUAUUAUGACCAUCGGAGAAAGAAUCGAAUACGGGGUUAGACAUGGGCGAAUAACUAGUACUACCGAUGAGCCAUUGGCCGCAAAGAAGGCAAGUCAUUCCAAGAAGAAGGAAGGUGAGGUUCAAAUGGUGGGAGCAGACCGACACUCUUGGAAACAACAACCGUACCGUCGGACACCGCAAUACUCUCCGUAUUAUUACCCAACGCCAUACGGGUAUAAUCAACCAUUUGUGAAUAAUGCAACUUCACAUUACUACCCUUAUGCUUCCCAAAAUUUUCGACCCCCAGCCAGUCAAAAUUUCCAACUUACCCCAACCAGUCAAAAUUUUCAACCUAGGGGUCAGCAGCAUAAUACAUUCUAUACUCAAGGGCAGCAGAAUAAUAGAGGGGCACGUAAACAGACCCAGUUUGACCCAAUCCCCAUGACUUAUACUGAACUUCUGCCUCAGUUAUUUCAAAAUAAUCAGCUGGCACCUGUACCUGUAGAUCCGAUCCAGCCWCCAUACCCAAGAUGGUAUGAUGCAAAUGCUCGUUGUGACUAUCACGCAGGAGCCAUARGGCAUUCAACAGAGAACUGCACURCAUUGAAAUACAGGGUUCAAGCUUUGAUCAAGGCAGGUUGGUUKAACUUUAAAAAAGAAAAUGGGCYUGAUGUAAGUAAGAAKCYRCUGYCGAAUCAUCAGAAUGUCCAAAUAAAUGCAAUCGAAUGCCAAGGGAUCGAGUCRAAGAGUAARGUUGCCRAUAUUACAACCCCUAUGGMGGAACUAUUCGAAAUUCUCUUGGGCAGUGGAUAUAUAUCAGUGGAAUACCUAUGCCCAAAGUAUAAAGGGUAUGAUGAAAGUCUGACGUGCCYGUUCCAYKCUGGGGCAAAAGGUCACUCCCUAGAGCAAUGCAACARUUUUCGGAUGAAAGUUCAAGAGUUGUUAGACUCAAAAAUCCUUACURUUGCAAAUUCUCACYAGAAGAAACRGACAAAUGUUGUGGAAGAUAUCUUGGUUGCUGAGGGCUCAAGUGAUUCUCUUAAACCAAAACCCCUCACCAUCUUUUACCGUGAAAAGCCAGAUGCACCUAGCUGCAGUCGGAAACCAAUSAMUAUCACGGUCCCARCUCCUUUCGAGUAUAAAAGUUCCAAAGCAGUGCCUUGGAAAUAUGAGUGCAAGGUAACUGUAGGGCAAGAUGUAUCAUCUCCUUCACUCCCAGUUGACAAUAUCACUGGAGUGGGAGGUUUGACACGAACUGGGAGAUGUUAUACACCGGAUAGCCUGCUAAAGCGUGUGAAUGAAACUACUAGUGAAAAGAAUAAAGAGAAAGCAAGUGAGAAGAAGAAGGAGAAAGUGGAAGAGGAUAAGAAAGGGAAGGCCAAACUCCACGAGGAUGCCCGUGAUGAACUGGUGGAGGCAAUUGUUGUAAAGGAUGUAAGUCCUAAACAACCCAUGUCCGAGGAAGAGACUCAAGAGUUUCUGAAGCUAGUGAAGCAAAGUGAAUACAAAGUUAUUGAACAAUUAGGUCGGACACCCGCAAAUAUCUCUAUAUUAUCUUUAUUGUUAUCCUCUGAAGCGCAUCAGAAUGCAUUGUUGGAGGCCUUGAAACAGGCUUUCGUUUCACAAGACAUCACAGUGGAUAAUUUGAGCAACGUUGUAGGGAAUAUAACGGCAUCUAGCUCCAUCAGUUUUACAGAUGAGGAGAUACCACCAGAGGGUACAGGACAUACCAAAGCUCUCCACAUCUCAGUUAAGUGUAAAAACUUCCUAAUAGCAAAAGUCCUUGUGGACAAUGGAUCUUCUUUAAACAUAAUGCCAAGAUCCACGCUAGAGAAGUUACCCGUUGAUAUGUCUCAUAUGAGACCUAGUACUGUGAUAGUAAGAGCUUUCGAUGGAGCUCGCAGUGCUGUUGUUGGGGAUAUUGAGAUCCCGAUCCAAAUAGGUCCUUGCACCUUUGACAUAACAUUUCAGGUUAUGGACAUCACAUCAGCUUAUAGUUUCUUGCUGGGGCGACCGUGGAUACAUUCGGCAGGAGCAGUUCCAUCCACUUUACAUCAGAAAAUUAAGUUUGCGGUUGACCAAAAGUUAGUGAUCAUAUCGGGACAAGAAGACAUUCUAGUCUCAAGGUUUGCUUCGAUGUCAUACGUUGAAGUAGCAGAAGAAGCUUUUGAGUCUUCAUUCCAAUCAUUCGAGAUUGCAAAUGCAACAACUUUACAUGGGAAGUUUGGAAGACCUAAGCCACGACUUUUAGAGACCGCCUUUAAAGGAGACAAUGGGAGCUUAGACAAACUGCUGAGGAUGGCUAAGAAUACAAAGAAGUUCGGGUUGGGGUAUAAACCAAGUAGAGGCGACAUCAUUAGAGUGCGGAGUCUGGAAAAAGCAAAACGUCUCUCAAGAUUUGAGAAUGAGGAGCGUGAUUACCCUAGGAGGAUUGUUCCACCUCUCACCCACUCUUUCAGAAGUGCCGGUACAAUCCAUCAAGAGUACGAUGAGAGCUCUGUAGUGGCUGCAGUGACAGAAGAAAGAGAGCAAGUCGGACCUUUUGUCUACCUGUGUCCAGACGGUUUCGAGCUGAGCAAUUGGAGCGUGAUAAAGCUACCGUCUUUUGUAAAUAAUAAAUCAAAUAAUACUGAGAUUGAAUGCGAUAAUGAUUCGAAAUACGAGCUCGAUACACCUAUAUACAUUAUUGAAUCUGAUGAGGAAAUAGAUGACGAGCCCUCUGCUGAGUUAUUGAGAAUGCUAGAAGAAGAAGAAAAAAUGUUGGGACCCCAUGAAGAAUUAACUGAGACACUUAACUUGGGAUCACAAGCCGAAGCCAAAGAGAUUAAAAUAGGCACUCAUAUGUCUUCAGAGAGUCGCAAAAAGUUGAUAGAGUUACUUCAUGAGUAUGCUGAUGUUUUUGCUUGGUCCUAUUAGGAUAUGCUUGGUUUAGAUACAGACAUCGUAGUGCACAAAUUGCCGAUCAACCCAGAGUUCAAGCCGAUGAGACAGAAGUUACGGAAAAUGAGGCCAGAUAUGUUGAUCAAGAUAAAGAAUGAAGUAAGAAAGCAAAUCGAUGCAGGGUUCCUUACGGUAUCUAAUUACCCUGAGUGGGUGGCAAACAUUGUCCCUGUACCAAAGAAAAAUGGACAAGUAAGAAUGUGUGUUGAUUAUAGAGACUUGAAUCGUGCAAGUCCAAAAGACAACUUCCCGCUUCCUCAUAUCGAUGUGCUGGUUGAUAAUACUGCUGGGUUCUCAACCUUCUCUUUUAUGGAUGGGUUUUCAGGCUACAAUCAGAUCAAGAUGGCACCUGAGGAUCGUGAAAAAACCACAUUCAUUACGCUAUGGGGAACUUUCUGCUACAAAGUUAUGUCAUUUGGGCUAAAAAAUGCUGGGGCAACCUACCAGCGUGCCAUGGUUACUCUCUUUCAUGACUUGAUGCACAAAGAAAUUGAAGUUUACGUGGAUGAUAUGAUUGCCAAGUCAAAACAGGGCGAGGAGCACACAACUAUUUUAAGGAAGCUGUUUGAUCGAUUGAGGAAGUUCAAAUUGAAACUCAAUUCCAACAAAUGCAUAUUUGGGGCAACCACUGGAAAACUCCUGGGUUUUGUAGUAAGUCAAGAAGGCAUUAAAGUUGACCCGGAUAAAGUCAAAGCAAUCUUAGAGAUGCCACCUCCACAGACGCAGAAAGAAGUCAGAGGAUUUCUAGGACGACUCAACUACAUCGCAAGGUUCAUAUCUCACUUAACAGCAACUUGCGAACCCAUCUUUAAAUUGCUCCGCAAGAACAACGAUGGGGUAUGAAGUGAAGAUUGUCAAGCAGCAUUCGAUAAGGUUAAGCAGUAUUUGCAAGACCCUCCAGUUCUUGUGCCACCAACUCCAGGACGACUCCUUAUUUUAUAUCUCACAGUGACUGAAAACUCAAUGGGAUGUGUACUGGGGCAGCAUGAUGAUUCAGGCAGGAAAGAACAGGCUAUAUAUUAUUUAAGUAAAAAGUUCACCGAUUGCGAGACUAGAUACUCUCAAGUAGAAAAAACUUGUUGUGCUUUAGCUUGGGCUGCUCGACGUCUAAGACAAUACAUGUUGUAUUAUACCACAUGGCUCAUUUCAAAGAUGGACCCCAUAAAGUACAUUUUUGAAAAGCCGUCUCUCUCGGGUGGAAUUGCAAGGUGGCAGGUCCUCUUGUCCGAAUAUGAUAUUGUUUAUGUGACUCAAAAGGCUAUUAAGGGGAGUGCUUUGGCCGACUACCUAGCUCAACAACCUAUAAAUGACUACAUACCGGUAAAGUUCGAUUUUCCAGAUGAGUAUAUCUCCACCAUAACUGCAAGUGAGGAAAGUUUAGACCCGCAAACUUGGACCAUGAUGUUUGAUGGUGCCUCUAACGAGUUAGGUCAUGGGAUUGGGGCUAUUUUGAUAUCACCCAAAGGGGAACUAUACCCUCUUAUCGCUAGAUUAUGUUUUGACUGCAAACAUAAUAUGGCCGAGUAUGAAGCAUGCUCGAUGGGCGUCCAAGCUGCUAUUGAUAUGAAGGUUAAGAAACUUAAAGUUUUUGGGGAUUCUAUGCUAGUAAUUCAUCAACUAAGAGGAGAAUGGGAAACAAGAGACGUUAAGUUGUUGCCUUAUAAACAAUUCAUAACAGAAUUGUCACAAGAAUUUGAUGAAAUCUCAUUUGAUUAUUUGCCAAGAGAAAAUAAUCAAGUAGCAGAUGCAUUGGCCACAUUAGCGGUGAUGUUCAAUUUAGAACUCAAUGAGGAUGUCCGUCCGAUUAAAGUUGGGAGGAGAGAUGUCCCAGCUUCUUGUAUGAGCAUUGAGGAAGAACCCGACGGUAAGCCCUGGUUUCAUGACAUCAAGCAAUAUAUAAAGAGUAAAGAGUAUCCACCAAAUGCUUCAGAAAAUGAUAAGCGCACCCUUCGCAAGUUGGCAAUAAAGUUUUUCUUAAACGGAGAGAUACUGUACAAGAGAAACCAUGACAUGGUUCUCCUAAGGUGCGUCGAAGGAAGAGAUGCCAAUAGGAUUAUGGAGGAAAUUCAUGAAGGAGUUUGUGGCACUCAUGCAAAUGGACACAUGAUGGCUAGACAAAUUUUAAGAGCUGGCUAUUACUGGCUGACUAUAGAGACAGAUUGUAUUAAAUAUGCAAGAAAAUGUCACAAAUGUCAAAUUUACUCGGACAAGACUCAUGCUCCUGCUUCUCAUUUGCAUGCUUUGACAGCUCCUUGGCCUUUCUCUAUGUGGGGCAUGGAUGUGAUAGGACCUAUCGAACCUAAAGCAUCAAAUGGGCACCAAUUCAUUUUGGUUGCCAUAGAUUAUUUUACUAAAUGGGUAGAAGCAGCUUCUUACCGAGAUGUGACAAAAGGAGUUGUAGUCAAAUUCAUCAAGAAGGAAAUUAUUUGUCGUUAUGGUCUUCCUAAAACCAUAAUUUCCGAUAAUGCAAGGAAUUUGAACAACAAAUUGAUGAGUGAGCUCUAUGAGCAGUUUAAGAUCAAACAUCUCAACUCAACCCCUUAUCGACCUAAGAUGAACGGUGCAGUAGAAGCCGCCAACAAAAACAUAAAAAGAAUAGUUGAAAAGAUGACUGUAACUUACAGAGACUGGCAUGAAAUGCUUCCAUUUGCCUUACAUGGUUACCGCACCUCAGUCCGUACUUCAACUGGGGCAACGCCAUUUUCUUUAGUUUAUGGUAUGGAAGUUGUUCUCCCUAUUGAAGUAGAAAUUCCAUCAUUGAGAGUUAUCAUGGAAGCUAAGUUACAAGAGGCUGAGUGGGUCCAAAGACGUUAUGAGCAGCUAAACUUUGUAGAAGAAAAGAGGUUGACGGCAUUAUGCAGAAGACAACUUUAUCAAAGAAGAAUGAUGAAAGCCUAUGACAAGAAGGUGCACCCAAGAAGGUUUAAAGAGGAAGAUUUAGUUCUAAAAAGAAUUCUCCCAUUACAGAAAGAUCAUCGAGGCAAAUGGACCCCGAAUUAUGAAGGACCAUUUGUGGUGAAAAAGGCUUUCUCCGGAGGAGCACUAGUUCUGGCCAACAUGGAUGGCACUGAAUUUUGAAAUCCAGUCAAGGCAGAUCAUGUUCGAAAAUAUUAUGCAUAG